CGGAGCAUUGACUGGGAGGGUGGACAUGGCGUCUGCGGCCCAGCAGCUCGAGUUUGCAGAGCAAUACCCUCUGCUUAACUCCACAGUAGCAUGCCCAACAUUUCACGAGAUGGUUUCCACCCAGCGCCAGUUGCCACAGCCAGUGUCGAGCCAGGCGCAAGCGAAGGCGCUGCUCGAUCUCGAUGCAAUGCCAGUGGAUGGUCUGCAGCUGCUGCUUGCUGAGAUUGAGGCCAUGCACGCGAUCGCACAGCGCGAGAACGCGCUCUGGACGCGAGACGCGCGCGUGCUGGCUCAGUUUGUCAAGUCAUCGCAGCAGCCGAAAAUUGAUGUCAACAAGCUGCUGCUCAAGUCGAAAGCCCGAUCGCCUUCAAAACAGCAGGGCAAAAUGCAAAGUCACACGCUGCCAUUCACGUUUGACGAAGGCGAUGCUGGGUUGGAUGAAACACUGUCUUCGGACGAAGAAACACCGGCUGCAACUUCUGAGACUUCUGAGCAGCACCCGUUCUGGCAAUCGAUCGAGCCGUACUUUGCUCCCAUUGACACAGCACUUGUGGACACACUGUUGCUCGAUCCGAUUCAACGCAAGGAAGGAAACUUUCUCUUUCGAUUACCCCCGAUUGGGCGCCAUUUUGCCGAGAUCUGGGCCGAGGACGAUCUGCGGGAAGAACAGGCAAAGAGCUUGGCCACUCCAGCAGCUUCGACACGAUCCCACGAUGUCGCCCCGUUAAUGAACUUGAUGCCAACAGCAGCCGACGGAUUGGAUAAAGGGAGAACAACCAAGCCUCGGUCCAAGACACACCGCGAACUCCGUCUAUUACGCGACUCGGACGAUGAUGCAGUUGACAACAGCGAUGCAAACGGCUUGGGCGACCUUUGCGGCUCGUUGCCCCGCCGGCUGAUUGCCGCAUUGUUGGAGGAAGGCGAUAUUUCCUUGGCAGACCUCGCCGAUGAGCUUGCGGACCCUCCUGCGACUCCAUCACUCACUCUUCCGUCACCGCUGGAGGCGAGCGAGACAUCCUCAAAAGCCACUUCACCGGAUCGGGCGACCGCAGCUGCCGCCGGCCGCAACACUCACCGUCGCUCGGCUCGUGACGCCGACGAGCCCGACGUGAGUGACUCUGACACUGAAGCGCAGCAUCCUCGCAAAAAGCCACGAGUGGUCUCGGAAGACGAGACGGAGGAGGCCAACAGCGCGCAAGCAAGCAAGCGGUCUGCGCCGCUCCGCAAUCCCCGCUCGCGAGCGGACUCGCGCAGCCUGGAGCAAAAUAUCGCCCAACAGCUGCAGGCGGUCGGGGUGAUGGAGGAGAGCGAUGAUGUCGACGCAGACGAGGACGACGAGAUUUGCGCGGAACUACGGCAGACCGCGCUGCAACUCAAGACACAAAUCAACUAUAACAAUCGUUGGCGAGUCCAGCUCUAUCUUAAACUGCUUCCUGCGCUGGUCGAUCAAGAGUUUGCUGCCGAGAAAGCCAACGCCGACCAGAUGGUGCAGCGAGCGUUUGCGCGGCUGAUGGCCGCAAAAAAGAAAAAGCGGCCCUCGAGCAGUGUAGCCCUUGCUUUUGCUCAAAAAGCUCUGGAUACUCGUGCAGCGAUCCUGGCCAAAAUACAAGAGGCAAAACUGCAAGUCACAAAGGAAGAGUUGCACAAGCGCGUCGAGAAACUUCGCGCUGCGGCUGCGCUUGCAAGGGCCACCAGUGCCGCCGCCGCCGCCGCCGCCGCCGCCGCCGCCGCCGCCGCCCCCUCAGCCAGUUCUCACAGUGCAGCACUUGGUAAUGACUUUGACUCGACGGACGACGCGGUUGAAGCGAAGCCGGAGCUCUUGCCUACGCCGAAAGCCAAAGAAUCGCCCACGAAACAAUCCACGUUUCUGGCUCGGGCAUCGACGUCCAAGGUCUAAUGCGCAGGCUUCCAAGCACAAAUGGGUUCCUUCUAUUCCGACUGCUUGUGCGGCACGCGUUUUGGAAGUACCCCACAUAUUCAGUUUGACCAGGGUUGCUGAACUGUCGAUCCGGCCCGCCACUUAACUCAAUACACAUUGUUAGCUCUA